AUGAGACCGACACAAAUCCUCGGCGUUGGCAAAUACCGCCACCUCAAGCUCACGACCAAGGAUGUUGGCCGCGGCUUCUACAAGGGAAACCGAACUGGAGCCAUGGGACGACACACAAAGUAUGGUGGUUAUAUCAUUGAGUGGAGCAAAGUCCGCACCUACGUCGUUCCCCAGAACCUCAGCGAGUCCAAGGUACGAAUGCCCGAUCAUUGCUACAUUUACAACGUCCUUCAUCUCACUCCCUUUGUGAGCCGAGAAGUGCGAUCCGAGCCUGGUGACUACAAAGGCCUGGCCAAGGGUCCUCAAGAUCCUUACUUUUACGUCGAGCAAUGGAAGCGAUACAACGGCGUCGAUUAA